GCCGCCCGGCCGAGGCGCGGGGCGCUGCGGGCCCCAUAGGCACCGUUCCCGGGAGCGGCGGUGUCCGGGCCGGGCCAUGGCUGCCGCCUGGGCCUGGCUGCUGCUGUGGCUCGGGGCGGGCGCCCUCCCGGCCCCGCCGCGCAUCCGGCUGCCGCUGCGGGGCGGAGCGGCCCCUCUGCUGCGGCCCCGGGCGCGCCGGGCGCCGGACGAGGCCGAGCGCGGCGGCGGCUUCGUGGACAUGAUCGACAACCUGCGGGGCAAGUCCGGGCAGGGCUACUACGUGGAGAUGACGGUGGGCAGCCCCCCGCAGAAGCUGAACAUCCUGGUGGACACAGGGAGCAGUAACUUUGCUGUGGGAGCUGCACCUCACCCCUUCCUCCGGAGAUACUACCAGCGGCAGCUGUCCAGCACCUACCGCGACCUGCGGAAGGGUGUGUAUGUGCCCUACACCCAGGGCAAGUGGGAAGGGGAGCUGGGCACCGACCUUGUCACCAUUCCCCACGGCCCCAACGUCACCGUCAGAGCCAACAUCGCUGCCAUCACCGAGUCAGACAAGUUCUUCAUCAAUGGCUCCAACUGGGAAGGGAUCCUGGGGCUGGCAUACGCCGAGAUCGCUCGGCCCGACGACAGCCUGGAGCCCUUCUUUGACUCCCUGGUGAAGCAGACCCGGGUGCCCAACAUCUUCUCCCUCCAGCUUUGUGGGGCAGGCUUCUCCCCCAAUGAGACAGAGGCGCUGGCAUCGGUGGGAGGCAGCAUGAUCAUUGGUGGCAUCGACCACUCGCUGUACGUGGGUGACAUCUGGUACACACCCAUCCGGAAGGAGUGGUACUACGAGGUCAUCAUCGUCAAGCUGGAGGUCAAUGGGCAGGACCUGAACAUGGACUGCAAAGAGUACAACUAUGACAAGAGUAUUGUGGACAGCGGGACCACCAACCUCAGGCUGCCAAAGAAGGUGUUUGAGGCUGCGGUGAAAUCCAUCAAAACAGCUUCUUCGACAGAGAAGUUCCCGGAUGGCUUCUGGCUGGGCGAGCAGCUGGUUUGCUGGCAGGUUGGCACCACCCCCUGGCACAUCUUCCCGGUCCUGUCCCUCUACCUGAUGGGGGAGGCCACCAACCAGUCCUUCCGGAUCACCAUCCUGCCCCAGCAAUACCUGCGCCCCGUGGAGGACGUGGCCACCUCUCAGGACGACUGCUACAAGUUCGCCAUCUCCCAGUCCUCCACGGGCACCGUCAUGGGUGCUGUCAUCAUGGAGGGCUUCUACGUGGUCUUUGACCGUGCCCGCAAGCGCAUCGGCUUCGCUGUCAGUGCCUGCCACGUGCACGACGAGUUCCGGACGGCCGCGGUGGAGGGGCCCUACCUGCACUCCAACAUGGAGGACUGCGGCUACAACAUCCCGCAGACGGACGAGUCCACCCUGAUGACCAUCGCCUAUGUGAUGGCAGCCAUCUGCGCCCUCUUCAUGCUGCCCCUCUGCCUCAUGGUGUUCCAGUGGCGCUGCUUCCACUGCCUGCGCCGGGACCACGACGACUUCGCCGAUGACAUAUCCUUGCUGAAGUGAUGGUGGAACGCAGGGGCGGCCCCAGGGUGCAGGUGAGGCAGUGGGGCAGGGACAGGGAGGACCUCGCUCUGGGGGCUGCGGUGUGGGGAGCACAGACCCUCGUGGCCCUGGGGGCUGUGCCUGUUGGGGAGUCACGCUGAUGAGCCAUCCCCUGCCUGCCCCUCUUGCCCUCCAUCCCUGGGCAGUGUCCCUCCUCAGCCCACCCUGCAGCUCUCCAUGCAGGGAGCUGUGCAUGUGUGCACUGUGCUGCAGCUGUGCCUCCCCGUGCAGCUCCGUGUGUGGACACCGGCUGAGCCAGACUCCAGAGCUCCCAUCUCUGGAGCCUCCCAGCCACGCAGGACCAGCCUGGGGCUGCCCAGCCAGGAGCUGCCAGAGGCAGGGCUCUCCCUCCCAUCCUCCUGCUCCCCUGGACACCAUCUGCUCUAGCCAUUCCUCCUGCUCUGUGCCAGUGCCACCAGCACAGGGCUCCCUGCCCUCCCGGCUGCCUCGGGACAGGCAGGAGCACGCAACCAUCUCACCCCGCUCCGCUUUCGCUCGCCACGUUCCCAAGAGGCUGGGAACAGCCUUGGCCCCACGGGGAGGGACGGAAGGACACGGUGCUCCCCAGCCCACCCGCCCGUUCAAAGCCAUAGGGGAGCCCGUGCCGCAGCCCCUGCCCUGCCUCACCGCGGCCGGGCACAGCAGCUCCUCUCUGCUCCCUCUGUGUCCGUGUAUCCCAGCCCUGGCUCCGGCUCCGAGGCGCAGGCACCGCAGCUCUGGGACUGCAGCAUUCCUUUUAUAGAGCCAGUUGUAUUUAUUUCUUUUGUAUCUCUCUGCUGCGAGUCAGUGGUAGUGCAGCUGUGCCCAUCAGCCUGUACAUCGCAGGUCCCACGCCGCCCCCAGCUUCCCACCUGUACCAUACACACAUAUAGCUCUAUUUUUAAUUCCAGCGCUCAAAUUCCACUGCUCCAGCCCCGACACCAAGGUUUGGGUUUGGGUGUUUUUAAAUCUCGUCUCUGCUCAGUGCUGGGGCCUUGGCCCCAACCCAUGGCCAGGGCGCGCUCAGCAGCGUCCUGCGGGAGCCCUUUGUGGAUGGGAGGUGGGCAGAGCUGGUUGUGGAGGAGGUGGUGAUGGAGCCAGAGGGAUGGAAGAGGAUGGAGAACACAGAGAGCAGAAUGGACACUGAGCACAGGAGGCACUUUUGUCCUCACUGUGUUCUGCCAGCACAGGGAGCAGUUCCUGUUCCCUGAGGACAAACCCCUUCCCCUGGGGCUGCAGCAGUUGGGAAUGCCGCAGUUCCCGGCUGUUCCACUCGGACAGGCAAGUGCUUUGUUGUAAACUAAACUUCACUCGUUCAAGGGCAGCAUUCCUCAGUGAGCAAAGGACACGGGGGUGCCAGGGCCGAGGUGACAGCUCAGGCAGGGCAGGGCUGCUGGAAGCACCACGUGGAAAGCUUGGAAAGCCGCUCCUGCAGUCACGCAGUGCUUUGGGAAAGCUGCAAGGAGGUGGGAGGAGGAGACAGGCACAGGGUAGGAGCAGGCACCGCCGCAGUCCGUUCCAUGCACCCGCUUCACCAGCAGCGCUUGCAAGCAGUGCCCGCGCCAUGCCUGGCUCCAAACCUGCAACCAUCCAGCCCUGCUGCUGCAGCUCGGGACAGCGCAUGGACCUGCCUGCCCCGGAGCCAGGACCCCGUGCUGGAACACUGCCUUAACCCGCGCUGGCAAGCGGCUGCCUAGAACAGGGGCUGUGGCCAGACCCCAGCGUGCUGCACCCCAGGGGCUCAAUCUGUGCCACAGACUGCAAAUAAAGGGGGGAAAUGCUACGGAGCCAGCGCGAGAUCUGAAGUGGUGCUGAGCACCUGGAAACCCCACCGAAAUCCAUGGAGAAGGGUCAGCGCAUCAGCCUGGGCUUCAGGAGGAGGUACAGGAGAGACAGGGAGGAAGAGCAGCAGGAUGGUGCCUCCGAGCUGCAGCACCAGGCUCAGCCUCUGCCCCAUAGGAGGGCGAUGGGGAUGGGACGGGUACCGCUGCAGGCCCCAGUACUCUGUAACCUAUUGUCUGUGUAAGAACAAUGAAUGUUACCACGGUAAAUUAUUAUUACAUUAAAAAAGAGCCCACAAAAGCU